GCGGGGCGGACGCCGGGGAGCCGCGGCCGGGCCCGGGGGUUCGGGGCGCGAUGACGCAGCAGGGGGCGGCGCUGCAGAGCUACAACAACGAGCUGGUGAAGUGUAUCGAGGAGCUGUGCGCCAAGCGGGAGGAGCUGAGCCAGCAGAUCCAGAAGGAGGAGGAGGAGAAGAACAAGCUGCAAAACGACAUCCGGCUCCUGACGGAGAAGCUGGCCCGCGUCAAUGAGAGCCUGGCUCGCAAGAUGGCCACCCGUAACGAGUUUGAGAAAACCAUUGCUGAGACCGAGGCUGCCUACACGAAGAUCCUGGAGAGUUCCCAGACGCUGCUCAAUGUCCUCAAGAAGGAAGCUGGGAAUCUCAGCAGAGCCACGGAACUGAAAAGUAGCAUCACAAAGGAGAGCUGAGCAUUUGGACUCAAACCUCCUGGCAUCACUCCAGGGAGCUGCAGCGCCUUCUGACCCUGGCCCACAUUGGCAUUCUGAUCUAGGCGCUUGGAAUGGAAGCAGCAUCUAAUAAAGGCUUUGUUUUGCAAAUAUAA